GACCAGCAGGGGGCGCAGUUUGUUGACAGCCGCUCAGCAUCAGUAUGAAGCUGUCAGACAGACAGACAGACAGACAGGGCGAUGUCACCUCUCCGCUCUAUAAUAACCUGCUGCUGUCAUUAAAACAUCUGUAAGAACAUCAGGGCGGAAUCCUCUCUGUAAUACCUGAGUUAUUAAAUGGAGGAUCUGAACUGACUUUCAGGACCAGCUGAGUCCAGCUGGGAAGAAAGAUGGCGGCCCAGCCAAACCCACCGCCGUCUGUCUUGAGGGAGUUUUGCCCGCUCUACUACCUGCUGAACGCCAUCCCAGCCAAGGUGCAACGAGGCUUCAGGUCGGUCUUGGUCUACCUGACCGCUCUGGACAGCAGCAAUGACUUCCUGGCGGUGGGCAGCAGCAUCGGCAUGCUCUACCUGUACUGUCGCCGCCUCGCUCACAUGAACAAGUACAGCCUGGAGGGUAAGAGUGAUGCUAUCACUGCUGUGAAGCUGCUCAGCUGCUUUGAUGAUCUGGUUGCCGUGGGAACAGCUUCAGGUCGAGUGGCAGUCUUCCAGCUGGUGUCUCCACUUCCUGGUCGAAACAAACAGUUGAGGCGUUUCGAUGUGGUCGGCCUCCAUAAAGGCUCUGUGACGUCGUUGGCGUGGAGCACAAACGGUAUGAAACUUUUCUCUGGAGACGAUAAAGGGCGCGUUGUGUUCUCCUCUCUGGACCUGGACCAGGGUGUGUGUAAACCUGUGCUGCUGUUGGAGGAGUCCUCAGGUGUGGUUCAGAUGGAGUACAGUCACCAGGUGCUGCUGGUCUCCACCCAGCACAGAUCUCUACUUUUCUGCACACAGAAACAGGAAGUCCUGCAGCUGGGCACCAAGCCCCGCAAGAGCAGCGGCAGGUACGGAGCCUGCUUCCUGCCGGCUCUCUGCAAACAGAGCGAUCUUCAGGUGUUCGCUGCUCGUCCUGGACUCAGACUGUGGAGGUCUGACAUCAGAGGACAGGUGGAGGACACCCGACUCCUCAAACCGCUUUUUAACACACAGAUCCCUCAGUUUGACCUGUUUCCUCGUCCUGGUCCAAUCGGAGCCUACCGUCCGGCAGACAGACACCUUGGUCUGCUCAGCUGUUUCCUCAGAGAGGGCUGGAUCCUCAGUUGGAACGAGUACAGCCUCUACGUCCUCGACUGUCUCAAUGAGGUGAUAAUCGGCGCGUUAGAGAGCAGUGGAGACAUCGUGUCUGUGUCGUGUUGUGAUAAUGAGAUCUUCAUCCUGAAAGGAGACAGAGACAUCAUCCGUCUGUCCAACAGCCCAGAGGGGCUGGCCUCCAACUUGUCCGAGCUCUCCAUCAGGCUGACCUCACCUUUGACCACGCCCACUAUCCUCCCACCAACCGGAUCAGUGGAAACAGCUCAGCCAAUCAGAACCAUGGCUAUCAUCGUAGAGGGUGGGGGGAGGGAGGAGGGGGGGGGAGGAGGAGGUUGGGUUAGGCAGGGUGAGGAAGGAGAGAGAGAUGAAGAUGAGGAAGGAGUGGAGGAUGUGGAGGAGGCGGAGGAGCAGCUGGAGGUGACCGAGCAGCUUGGGCAGCGGUCGAGGUUGUUCACCAGCAGCUCUCGCAGCCGCAGUAGCUCAGUCACUUCCUGGGACGGUCUCCAUGGAAACACCCUGGCAACCGCUUCCAGUGAGCUGAGCUCCAGACGUUACAGCGCCCCUCUCGGUCAGGGGGAGAUGCAGCAGGAGCUGGUGGUGAAGGCCAUCAGAGUGAAGAAGAGGAGGAGGAGACGUCAAGACAGUAGCAGUGGGAACCGUCUCUCUGAGAGCAGCUGUUCAGACUCCAUGUUUGUAGUCCAGGACAGCAGCUGCAGUGACGGAGGGAGUGGAACUCCUCUGAGCGACAGAGCCUCCCUCGUUGGUCUGGACCUGCACAACCAGGACUCUCCAGAGUCAAACCAGGACUCACUGGAGGCCACAGGUGUGAAGGAUGGAGUGGAGGCAGGGUCUUCCUCCAAACAGUCCAGCUCCCUCCUCCCUUCGGGCUCCUUGUUCCUCCAGGGUCUGGAGAACCCAGGAAAGGUCUGUGCUCCUGGGGCAGAGGGAGAAGUCCCCCCGACCCCGGAUGUCGACCUGCUGCUUGAGUGCACUUUCUCUUACAUGCACAACACUGAGGACGGUGAUGGACAGGAGCAGCAGCCAAUGGAGGAGAAUGAGGAUGAGUUUCUGAGUCCCCUGAUUGGACCAGAGGAGGAUGAAGAGGACGAUGACUUGGCACCCCCUGCUGGUGUGAUGGACCAGAUGUUUUACUCCACUGUUUCCAAUCUGGAAAGAAAACCCAGCAUGUCCAGUGAUGAGGAGGGCGACAUCUACUGUCCGUCUCUGCCCCCUGCAGGAGACGUCCUCACCUGUCCGUCCAAUCAGACAGCUGACGGGCAGGUGGACCAAGACCCUCAGGACAGAGACACACACAAACCUGACCAGUUGGCAGAGAGCUGGAUGGGAUACUCAGGACCAGGAUGUGGAAUUCUGAGCCUGCAGGUGACAGACAGGUACGUGUGGUGUCUGGAUUUUAAAGGAGGACUGUUCUGCAGCAUUCUGCCUGAAGCUGGACUCAACUGGUCGAGAUUUGAAGACAACGUCCACCAGGUGGCGUUAUCACCUUCAGGUAAUUUGCUGUGGAAGGUGGAGCAGAAGAGCAUGACAGCAUUUGCGUGUGCUAAAGUUUCGGUGAAAGGAAAACGUCACUGGUACAAAGCUGUGGAGCAGACGGCCUUCGUGGCUCUGAGUGACGAUUCGGCCUGGAUCAUCAGGACCAACGGAGACCUCUACCUGCAGACAGGUCUGAGCGUGGACCGGCCCUGUGCUCGCUCGGUGAAGGUGGAAUCGCCCUGUGUGUUUAGCCAGGUGUGUGUGAGAGGGGGCGUGGUCUGGGCUCUAAGCGAACACAAAGCUUUGUUCUACAGAGAAGGACUGAACAGCUUCUGCAGCGAGGGCGAGGGCUGGAAGUACGACACCGUCAGUGAGGCUCAGGGUCUGGAGUUGAUGUGUGUUGCCCUGGGUGAUGGAGGUACAGCCUGGGCGCUGGAUGCGAGCGGGAGCCUCUGGUUCAGGACCGGGAUCAGCUCGUCCAGACCUCAAGGCGAGGACGACCACUGGUGGCAGAUCAGUAUUUCGGACUACGUGGUCUUCGAUCAGGGCAGUCUGUUCCAGACGCUGCUUCAGGCCACUCAGAGUGUUGCCACGGUAACCAGAGCGCCCGUGGAGCGGGUGGUGGCCUUCCUGUCUCAGUAUUCGCAGUGCCAGCCGAGCCUGGUCAGUGCCAACGCCAGCGGGGUCUGGGUCGCCUCAGGACGCAACCAGCUGCACCUGGCCCGGGGCAGUCUUGUGGGAACUUUCUGGCAGAACGUCGUUCCAAGAGGAACCGUGUCAGCGACCAGGUGGACCUUCAUCACGUCGUCAGCUGUUCCUCACAGAGAAGGUACGUUCCUGUGGUUGGCUCAGAGCAGGAAGGAUCUGUUCUGUGUUUGGGACCAGGAUGGAGAGCUCCGCCCCUCCUCUGUUCCUCUUCCACCUGAGGUGGAGCUGACUCACCUGUCGGCCUGUCGUGAUGCUCUGUGGGGUCUGGACUCUCACGGUCGAAUCUGUAUCCGAACACUGUCUCCUACCUGUCCCGCCGGACUUCACUGGACCCCCCUGGACCAAAGUCAGCUUGGAGGUGUGCGUCUGGUCAGUGUGAGCUGUGGCAGUCAGAACGUCUGGGCCGUGGACAGCCGAGGGGUCGUUUACUUCAGAGUGGGAACGCAACCUCUGAACCCGAGCAUGAUGCUGCCGGCAUGGAUCCAGAUAGAUCCACCUGCACAGCCAAUAGGAGUGCAGCUGGUCAGCAUUCAGACAAGUCCUAACGAUCGUCUCCUCUGGGCAUUGGACAACAGAGGAAGCGUCUUCGUCAGGACAGGACUCAGUGACGAGAUGCCUGUGGGGACGGACUGGGAGCUGGUGCCAGGUCUAGCUGUCAGCCAGCUGGUCCUGAGCUCUUGGACAGUUUGGGUUCGGUGUGUAAACGGAGAUCUGGCUCGACGUUACGGCGUCUCUGACAGAAACCCUGCUGGGGAUUACUGGAAGAAGAUCCCUGGAAACGCCAACUGGUUCACAGUGACCCCUGAGGACGAGUUGUGGGCGGUGACUCUGAUUGGUGGAUUGUCCCGUCGCCUGACAAAGCUCCUCCCACAGACCCCCUGUAGGCCCGCCCCCUCGGGCCCCUCCCUCACAGCAGACGACGUUGAGGACGAAUGGGAGCUCAUCUGAGCUGUGACAUCACUUUGUCUGAUGUGGGAGGGACGCUGUGAUGUCAUAGUGACAUCAUUUUAUUAAUAAACUUCCUACUGAGGUGAGGUACAUACUUCCUGUCUGUACCUGGCUUCUUCCUGACACUAAUUGGGAUGGUGACAUCACUUCCUGUGAAUUAAAUUCUUUUGAGGAAUGUACUUAAACAAGAUGGCCCCCACACAGGAAACCCAGGUGGCUGCUGGGAAGUGAAGUGAACUCAAACUGUGUUUUAUUUGUUCUAAUAGGAAGCACUUUAAUCUCUGAAGGGACACUGGACUAACGAUAAACUGGUUCUGACUGGUUCUAAAGCUGCACUGACUUCCUCUGAUCUGGUUCAGUCCGGUUCUAACCCGAACUAACUUGAUCCUAAACUUUGACCUCUAAGCUCAAGUUCAGCCGGGAACCGGCCGCUUUAGUUCGGUAGAUUGGCUGUAGCUGGUUGUUAGUAUUUCAGCGUCGCUUCUGUGUAGGUCUAACUGGUUUUAACUGGUUUUAACAGGUUCUGAUGUGUUGCAAACGGUUCUAACUGGUUCAGACCAGCUCAAACGGGUUCUGAUUGGUCUUAAGCUGGCCAUUUUGAUAUAAUUGGGUUCAGUGUGGUUGUACUAUAUUUGGGGAAGUCAAAGGGACGAUUAACUGCAAAGGGAAAUCUGAACAUUUAAACUAGUUCUAACUGGUUCUAACUGGUUCAAACCAGUUUGAAAUCUUCCAGAGUUCCCAGUUUUGUUGAGUCUGAUGAACCUGGUCUGGUUCUAAAUGAGGAAAUUAAAGGGGCAUUUUGUUACAGAGGAUUAUUUUACAUUUAUUUUAAACCAGUUCAAACCAGUUCACAGUUUAGACUGGAUCCAGCUAGUUUGAACUCGUUCUGAGGUUUUUAUCCCAGUCUAGUUUAGUCUGAGACACUAAAGGGACAUUUUAGUCCAGAGUCAUGUAUUUACUCAAAUCCAGUUUAGUCUGGUUCAGACCAGCUCAAACUGGAUCAUAUAAUCCCAGUUCUGUGAGUCCAUUUCUGGACAGUUCAGGAUUUAAAGGGAAGUUUCACUGCACAGAACCUUUUUCUGCAGUUUGUUCUGGUUCUACUGGAUCAGUGUAGGUUAUACUGAGUAAAACCAGUUCAAACUGGUUCUCGCGUGCUGGUGUGCUCAUCCUGCGCUCUGCUUAAUGGGUCACAGAGCAGAAUCAGCUUCAAGCUAAAUAAAAAAGGAACAUUUCAAACUGUUUGACCAGAAUCCGGGAAUUUAACGAAGUAAGAAUCUUCUGGAGUUUAUUAUUUAUCAAGAGCAACAACCAAAUAUUAAAAUCUUUGAAAUACUUAUUUAAUACCUGUACACGAGUCGGCAGAGACCAGUAUAAACCAGUUUAAUCCACUUUAAAGCGGUUUAUACUGGUUUCCAGCAUUGACUCCACCCCCCUGACAGGAACCAGAUCACACUGACGUGACAGUUCUGCCGCCUGAUUCCAGAUACAGAUUAAUCUGGGACAACGCCUGAAUGUCAGUCUGAUAGUUACCAUGGUAACAGGCAGAAGCCCAGCCCACUGGGACUGAUCCAUUAAAAAAAACUGUAAAAAUGUAAAUUUGAUGAACGCCUGUUUGUGUUUGUUUUCAAACAAGUUUAAAGCAUUCAUCUGACAUGAGAUUUAAAGUUAAACCUGGACUCUGGUGGACUUGGGAGGUCUCUGGUGGACUCAGGGGGACUCUAGUGGACUUUAUUUGACCCUUGUGGAUCCUCGUGGACCCUUGCGGACUCUGCAAAUGUUCAGGUCUCCCGUCUGAACUGGAUCUGUACUAAGAUGAAAAAGUAAACUCGUCGUCCUCUCUCUUCCUCGUGCUCACAUCGUUGCCAUGGCAACCCGAGCAGCUGUGCCGCUGUUGUGAUGUCAUCCUGCUGUCUCCUGCUGACCGAUAAGAAUUCAGUGUAAACUCACCUGUGUAAUUUCAUCCAUUAACUCAAUAAACCUGUUUAAACACUG